AUGGCCGAACGUGAAAAGUCAAAAUCGACAAAGAAGGGCGUGACCACCAUCGAAAAAGACAAAGUUGAAUCGGAGGCGGAAGAACAAAAGAAUAAGGAAGAAAUGUGGAGAGUAGUGUUGCACAACGACGAAGUGCACACAUUCAACUACGUUAUUCGCAGUCUUUGCAAAGUCGUCGGAACACUGGAUCGUAAGGCUUCCUUUGAAAUUUGUGUCCAGACGCACGGAGUUGGAAAGGCUACCGUUACCAAAACAUGGAAGAAGCAAGCCGAACAAUUCUGUUUGGGACUUCAGCGUCAAGGGUUGACUGUUAGUAUUUCACCAGAUGAAGAUUUCGAUGGGGGGCACUCUGGAGGUGGUAUCUAG